GAAUUAUUUCUCAUAUCACAACGACGAUUUAUUCUUUAACCUCGUAAUAUAUUGAUAACGUGAAAAUAAUAAUGAAUCCGAACAUGAUAGUUUCAGUUGCGAAUAAAAUUGGAAUUUUUGUUGACUAAAUUAUAAUUAUCUUGGUUUUUUUGGUGGUUGGUGUUGAAUAUUGCUUGAAUAGAAUGACAAACUUGGCCGUUCUAUUUCUCCUUUGCAUCAUAUUGACCACUCAUGCUGCUGAAUUCAACAAAUCCUGCCCAACUCUUAGCAUUACCCAUAAGAAGUUCAAGGAAGAGGAAAUAUUGGAUGUCUAUCAAUAUGGGCAAAACAUCUACAUCGAGAACUGUUCUGGAGUUGUUCACGAAGAGACCUUCCUCGACAUCCCUAGGAUCCUCAGAUUUAUGAUGUACAACAGUAGAUUCACUUCUUUCGAUUGGACGUCGCUUUUCCGGAUGUCGUACCUGGAGUCUAUUGACAUCCUGGACGUAAGAGGUCUUCCGGUCCUGACCAACAAUAUUAUGUUGGGAUUCAAGAGUCUAAAAUCAUUUUCCAUUUACGAUACCGACGUUACAUUUCAACAUGAUGCUUUCCAGAGGAUGAAGCAGUUGGAGUAUCUGUCUAUAUCUAAGGUGGAUGUUACAAUUUUGGGUAACGGAGUUUUUAACGGAUCCAGACUGAAGGAACUCUACUGGACCGACUCUGGUAUAAUCAAGAUUGAUAAGAACUGUUUUACACCCCUCAAAAAUAUCCAGAUCAUCAAUUUGAGUGGUAAUAAGAUAGAAUACCUAGAACCUGAAACAUUCUCUGGCUUGAAGAAUCUGGAGAGACUUUAUCUGAACAGGAACAAUUUAGCGACUAUUCAAUUUAGGCACUUCGCUACUCUGCACAGUCUGACAUAUCUCGAUGUCUCCAAAAAUAAGAUACCAAUCGUAGACGUAGAGGAAGUUUGGAGGAAUAUACCAAGUCUUCGGAAGAUUAUUUUGGACAGAAGAAGCCUGCCUGAAGGGUCGAGGAAGAAUUCGUUGGACAGACUGGAUAUUAUGUUGGUCUAAGAAGUUUAACGAGAUUAGCUUAUCGUCAUAUUUAAGACAGAACAUACCGGUUAUUAAAAUUAUUUCCUAACAAGUGUGGAAAGUGGUACUUUCCUGCACGAAACUGCCAUGUUAGUUCAGCGAAACGGAGUUCAUUCCGGGAAAUACAUUUUCCGCAAGAUUAAGGAACCACAUUUUUUCUACAAGCGCAGAAAUAAAUUGAAUUUGAUUUAAUUAUCUAAUUAUCAUAUACAUAUACAUAUACAAACGUAAUUCUACAUGUUGUUGCUAUUGUUAUUAGCGUUAAUUGGACAUUCGAUGCAUACAAAUUAUAUGACAGAAUUUAAUUUAUUUUUCAAUAUCUUUUCGCGGGAAUAACCCCUGUUAUUUCUUCUUCAACCAAGUCACCUAGUCCUAGGAUAUUAUUUUAGAUAUUUUGCUCGAAUUCUCUGUUACUUAUCCCGAUAAUGUGAUAAUUUUUUUCCGAACCCUGUGGAAAAUUUAAUCUUUGCGACUUAAAAUGCAUGUGGGAAAAAGUUUGAAUUUUUAUUCAUUUUAUGGAUAUAAUUUCUGAAUAUAAAUUCAGGACGUUAAUAUCCCCUCAGGAAUGAUUUUUGGAUAGGAUUAUUUGAUUUUGUCCUUGAAAGAGUCGAACCAAUUAUUUCAAGAGCAUGGAAGCAUAGUUCAUUUGUUAGUUUUUCUAUAUUGGUUUGAUAUAUAACUGAUUAACCCGUUUUACAUAGAGCAAAAAAAGUUUAAAUAAUGAUUUAUUAUUUGCCGAUGCUGGCUAGCAUCUCGCGGUUGCGUCAUCAACUUUUUUUUUAAAUGUAACGAAAUGUCGUUUUAAUUUUCUUCUUGUAAGUCUUUGUUUGAUUUCUUUGUUGUUUCUGAUUUUAAUAAAAAUGAUUGUUUUUU